UUCAUUUCAGUCUUCAUUUGAACUAUGGAGCUCACACACAGACUACUAUGCCUUUCCUUGGCCUGCCUGACAUGCAUCUUCCUUGAAGCUGACAUUGGAGAAGCGACAUAUGUACCAACAAGUUGCUUGUGCCCAGUAUCAAACAAACAUGUCAAAUUUUCACUUAUUGAAGACUUCAGCAUUACUGAAAAGGGGCCACACUGCAACACUGACACAAUCAUUGUCAAGUUGAGUCAGGGCAACCUGAAAGUCUGCUUAAAUCCAGAGGGCAAACAGGGCCAGGGUCUCCUUGCCUGCUGGAAGAGGAUUAAUGAAGAUGAAAGCCAGAAGAAGACAUGCCUGAGAAGGAAACAACCUCUGUGAAUGUUAUAAUCACCACGAAAGGCUGCUUCAGCAGCCAAGAAGGCCAGUGCACUGAGGGACCCUGUGGGAUACUGGGUGUCCCUGAAGUCAGGAAAGAAAAGGAUGGAACUGGGAGCAAACAAGGCUGCUGAGAAACGCGAUCUGUCACAGACGCUCAACAGUUUUCAACAUAUUUAUUGUCCUA